CCGGGUGAUUGUAUAUUCAAUAGCCAUGAAUCACGCUGUGACAUGCGAGGUAUUCGGGAGUGGAGCCUAAAGAUUGACCUCGCGUUCAAACGAUUUUGGAUUCGGGUCAGUGAGCUCCCGUAAUUCGAGGAUUUGAAACGAAGACGAGGAUUUGUUGUCGGAUAGAUUGUGGUGAAACAUUACGUCAGAUACACGAAGGAUACACGAAUCCUGCCCCCGAGUUUAACACUGAAACUUGUGGAAUGAGCGAUCGAUAAUUAACUAACAUCACAAUCGGACUUAGAUUUAGCUAGUUGGGCCCACAAGGAAAGAAACAGAGUCUAAACCAGACUUCGUCUCGAGUGACGAGACCCAGUUUUCCUCUACCCUGCCUGUACCCCUGGUGCAGUUUCAGCAUGAGCGAGUUGCCUAGAAGUUCCCCAUCUCCAGCGGUCUCUGAUGGUUUAACAUCUAAACAAACUGAUCCUACAGGUCAGCAUGCUAAGUCACAGUGCGUGAACAACUACAAGCCAAGCGUAAAGGCCAUGGACUCGAACAUCACUCUGUGGCAGUUUCUCCUGGAGCUCCUGGUCAACCAGCAGCACCACCAGAUCAUCCAGUGGACCAACAACGACGGCGAGUUCAAGCUUAUCAAUGCAGAAGAAGUGGCUAGGUUGUGGGGACUGAGAAAAAACAAACACAAUAUGAACUAUGACAAACUGAGCAGAGCUCUGAGGUACUACUAUGACAAGAACAUCAUCAAGAAGGUCAUGGGUCAGAAAUUUGUGUACAAGUUUGUGUCCUUCCCUGAAAUCGUCAAAACAGAGAACAAGAUUCCCUUCAAAGUCAAGAUGGAGUCUCUAGCUCAUGAGUAUGGACAGAGGGUUAUGCCUCAUUUCGCCUCCUACAAUGCACAGGACAUCAAAUCCUCAGCAAUUCAAGCUUCAGCGUGGAGCAUCCCGGCUGCUCACCAGAGUGAAAGGGAAAGAGAGAGGGAACGAGAACGAGAGAGGGAGAGAGAUCGGGAACAUGAGCGACUGCAGGAGAGAGAAAAACGAGAGAGAGAUCGAGAGAGGGACAGGGAGUCUGAAUCUGCGGUUAAACAUCUGACGGAGCCAAAGCUGGAACUGACUCACUCCUCGUGUUCCUCGUCCUCAUCUCCUACAUCGAAAUCUCGCUCCUCCUCAUCCUCAUCCUCCUCGUCUGUCAGUAAGCCAAAGCCCUGCCCCAUCAGCCUCAGCCUGACCCCCGUGGGGGCGUCCACCACCCUCACCCCAGCCACGACAGUUCCCAUCACCAGCCCGUCUGCCAAGUCCCUAGCGUCGGCCUUCCCCGGACUCCACACUCCGCUGCUCCUCACGAGUCCGAUGGGCAUGCCACGGACACCCCAGCUUCUUCAUUUCUGGAGCUCGUUGAGCCCCGUAGCUACUCUCAGCCCCCGUGUGAGCGCCGCCACCGCCUUCCAGUUCCCCAGCUACAUCAACGGGCACAUCCCCUUCUCCCCCGUCACACUCAGCAACAUCAGCGGUGGCCUGGAGAAUCUUUCUACUCCCGGUCUUGUGACGUCCCCAAGGACAAUCCCUGUGUUAUGAAAUGUGUAAAUACCGUACGGGAAUACUCGAUAUUGUCACUGUGGUGAAAGAGAGUGGAUCUAUGUGUAUGUGUGUGUGUGUGUAUGGUGACUAUAUGCAUAACGCAACUCGUGAACGCAUAAAACGUGUCUUUACAAGUGCAUAAAUGAACGUUGUUUUAAACAUGCGCAUCACCCUUCUUUAAGUGCAUAUUAACUCAUUAAGACUGAAAGCGUUGAAGUGCUAUGGGACCAUUGUGUAUAUAUAUACCCAUAUUGUUAAGUUCUUACUUGAAUGAUCCAUUUUUAUCUAUACUAUGACGUAAUCAUGCAAACAUGAUGACGUAGUGCUGCAGAACUAAUGACGUAGUGCUACGGAACUGAUUACAUAGUACUUCAAACUGAUGACGUGGUGCUGCGGACCUGAGAUGAUGUAGUACUGCAAAACUGAUGAUGUAGUGCUGCGAACCUGAUGACGAAGUCAUUGGAUGUGAUGACCUGUUGAUGUAUCUUACGACGUAGUCUACGUAUUUGAUGACGUAUUCGUGUGAGUCAUGACCUGGUCAUGCGUUGCUGUGAUUCCGGUGAUGACUCGAAUUUGAACAAUAGUGUAAGACUGACAUGGUUAUGAACGCAUUGUUCAGUGGUGAAAUUUGUUCUAACGUGCACCGCUGGUGUCAGAAAUAUCGCUGUAUAUAUUCAUUUCUCUCUUCGCAACCCAUAACUUGCUUACAGAUUAAUAACGAUUGUGUGUAUAGCGUUACUUGAUUCGACUUUUCCCACGAGGAAGCACAUUAAUAGCCCUCUCACGAGGAAGAGAGUUCUGACCUGCCACCGAAUAGUCAAUGUCACGGCGACCCAGGCAAUAGCCCGAGAUACCCGGAUGCAAGUUAUUUAUCUCUGAUGAUUUUUACGUCCGUUUAUACGGAUUAAUACACUUGACUUUUAUCAUAAAUAUUGUGAUAAUAAAUGUAUUUUGUGUAA